AUGGAGAGACGGGCGUGGUGCGCCGCGGUGUCGUCCGUCUGCCGGGACGGCGGCAGGAUGGAGGCGGCGGACGGAGGCCUGAAGGAGCUGGUGCUCCGCUGGUUCACCGAGACGCAGAGUCCGCUCCUCCUGCCCGACGGCAGCUUCCCGGACUGGUUUCAGGGAUUCACCAGCAGGAGGGAAGCUGAAGAUCUGCUGAGAGAUAAAACUCUGGGCUGCUUUCUCAUCCGCCUCAGUGAGAAGGCCAUCGGCUACAUCCUCUCCUACAAGGGAGAGGACAGAUGCCGCCAUUUUGUCAUCAAUCAGAGCCAAGACGGGAGGUUGGCGGUCUCUGGAGACUGUCAGACCCACCGCAGCCUGGCAGAGCUGAUAGAGCACUACCGCCUCCGACCCAUCCAGCCCUUUGGAGAGCAUCUCACAUGCUGCUGGAGUCAGAACAGUGUGAGUGACCUGUACGAUGUGGUGAAGCUGGAGGCGAAGGAGGAGGUGGCAGGGGUGAGUGUCCAGGCUCUGAGGACUAUAUGGGACCAAAAGAGCGACCAGACCAGUGAGCGGACAAAGAACCAGAAGGUUCAUCAUCCGCCGGCACUUCCCCCCAAAACCAGAAAGCUCACAGGAAGCGUCUCUGUUGGCGCCACGUCCCCAUCACAGGUGUUGCCUCCGGUACCAAAACGAGGUCUUCCGCUGAGCCAUUCUCUGAGUGAAUGCCUGCCUGAGAGGAGCUCAACCCACAGCCAAGACCAGCAGCACACCCACGCAGACACAGACCUGAGACCGAGUCCAAGCCCAGCGCCCGUCUUGGAUGAUAGCCCGAGGGGGGAAAAUAUUGACCCAAGUGACCACAGCGGUCUCGAUGACGUCACGGCACCUAGUGCCAUGUACUCUGAACUGAUGCUGCAACUGAUGCUGAGCCGGAGCAAGUCUCUCCCUCGACUGGAUAAACAUCUCGAGGAGGAAUUCUCCAAUCAGCUGAGUAUCCACUCCUCAAGGCUGACGUCAGACUCACCCACUCCGCUCAAGAGAGCCACGUGCCAAACAUAUUCCCUUCACGAGGUUCCCAGGGAUGAUGCCAGACUGGACUGUGGACAGCCGGACCACCAGAACCAACUGCUGAAGUCGAACCCGCUCUACCAGAGCUCUCCGGGACCCGAAGACCGGCCAGCACCACAGACAGAUGGCACAUACGCUGAAGUUCCCGAUCAGUCCUCCUGUGUCACUGAUGACACCUAUGAACCGAUUCCAGGUGAGAAUGAAGUCACCCCGAGCAACACCUACGAGACCCUGGAGGAGCUGAAGACCAAAAACCCCAAGUCCACCUGGGGCAAAAAUAAUAUCAAAUGGAGGAAAUUUUUUUCCUGAUUCCAAGAGGAAAUGAGAAGACGAGGCUGAUGAAGAUGAUGUCAGCUUUCCGUUUACCAUUUUUAUGUUCAAAGCAACUAUGAACUCUUCUGACUGUAAUUCCUGGA